CUGAUUGUCCGCCCAAAUCCACGCCGCCUAUCUGGUGCUGGAUGUGUCGCUUGGUCCUGUGAUACGGCGAGGGCUGGGCCUGUUGUACCGGUGAUGUGGUUCGGUGAUGGUGCGGCUCAAAGCAUGGCUCUACGGCACGGCUCUGCUGCUGUCUCUCGGGAGACAACCACCAUGGAGCUGCGGUGGGUUUUGGUUGAGGGGAGGUUCUGCGAGAAAGGGACGGGUGCAUCUCCGGCGGCUUGCGGCUUCGGGACGAAGUGGCUAGGGCUGCUUCUUCAGAUCGGUUCCCUCUUCCGGUUCUCUGGCAUGGGGCGGGAUGCUUGCUGA